GCCACAAAUUGCUUAUGUGGCUAUCAUCACACACACUUUCAUGUUACAUCAUUUCAUAGACCCCUUAAGAAACGAACGAAAUCAACCACACCAGAAUUCUUUCAAAGAAAAAAAAAAAAUAGGGAGAGCUUAGAGAUUCAAGUAAUGGCAACCACAAUGAUGACCACUCUCCCUCAGUUCAAUGGUCUUAGACCCAAAUUCUCAGCAUCCCCUGUGCAGAACUUGGUUGCUGUCCAACCCAUGAGGCGUAAGGCGAAGGGUGCUCUAGGAACUCGCUGUGAUUUCAUUGGUUCAGAAACCAAUCUGAUUAUGGUGGCUUCUACAACACUGAUGCUGUUUGCCGGAAGGUUUGGAUUGGCUCCGUCCGCAAACAGGAAAGCGACUGCAGGGCUGAAGCUCGAGGUGAGGGACUCAGGCUUACAGACUGGUGACCCAGCUGGUUUCACCCUUGCUGAUACCUUGGCUUGUGGAACUGUUGGCCACAUCAUUGGUGUUGGGAUUGUUCUUGGUCUUAAGAAUACGGGUGCCUUGUAAAACAAGAAAAAUGAACAACCAUUCCUGCAUAAUGCACCUGUAAUCAAGUUUAGUGUGCUUUUAAUUUUCUCAUCACUUGAGAAUGAACAUUGUAUGCCUCAAAUCUUAAUCUAUAGUUGCUCCCUUCCCCCA